AUGAUUCUCCCUUCUACAAAACUAUUGGAUUAUAACAACACAGCUCUUAACAACAAUGGUACCAGCAGUGUAGGCAACAUCCCAGAGAUCAUGAAAUGGAUCACUUUUGCUGUUGGGCUUCCUGGCAUCGGUUUUUCUAUAUACCUCAUGGCCAUGCAGGCAAAGAAUGGCAAGGCUGCUCCAAUCUACCUCAUCAGUCUGCUUGCAUCUGACAUCUUCAAAAUUUUUGGACAGUCAAAAGCCUCAGCAGAUCCUCCUGCUACUGAGAAAACCAGUGUGAUGACUAUGGAUAUAUCCUCACUGGUGUUCUACUUUGGUAUAAUUUCCAACAUUGUGUUCAUGGUUUGCGUUGCUCAGGAGCGAUAUCUCCUAAUAACUUGCGCCCAAUAUAACGCCUGUUGCAUAAAACUCAAGCAGUCAUCCAUGAUUUCAUUGGCUGUGUGGGCAGCUCCGUUUGCAAUACUUUUUCUGGCUUUCCAAGGAUACUUUCUUUUAUUCUCUUUAGCUCUUCUUCUUCCACUACCCUUGCUGGUGUUUUUCUUUCUGGAUUCUUUCAGAACCUUGUGGUGUACAAAAAGACCAGCACCUUUGACUAACAAAAAAAAGAUUGUGGGUAUGCAGGCUGCCAUCUUGUGUAAUUACAGCAUUCUUUACUUGCCCUUUGUCCUAAAAACACUGCUAAAUGCAUUGUCUCUAAGCUCCUACAUAUACUACCUUGGACUUGUUGCUGAUCUGCUCUUGUAUCUUGGCCCCCUUGUAGACCCAUUCCUCUCAAUCUUUCUUACAAAUGGAGUCAGUGAAAUUUUGAAGGCCUUUCCCUGCUGUGCAAGGAGAAACACACAGGAUACAGACGCUGAGGAUACAGAGACAGUGGAGACGGUGUCCGGGACCUUAACUCGGCUCUAAAUGGCUCUUGAUGAGAAGAUAACUGGAAAUUAAUUGAUAAUGGGAAACCAAUAAUAGUUUAUCUAGAUUGUUGUUUAUAUUAGUUUGUGUUUUGCUCA